AUGGCCUUCUCUCCCCAGUCCUACCGCCCCUCAGUUUCAAGCGAUCUCACAGGCCGCAUCGCCGUGGUCACAGGAGGCGGGACCGGCAUCGGCUUAAUGAUCGCACAGGGGCUAGCAGCAGCUGGAGCGAAGGUGUACAUUACAGGACGCCGCCUCGAGGUCUUAGAGAAGGUCGCUGUGGGCUGGGAUAAACAGAUAGGAGGGGAGAUCGUACCACUCCAGAUGGAUGUGACGGACAAGACGAGUAUAGCCAAGACUAAAGAACUCCUCGCAGAGAAGGAAGGAAGAAUCCACGUCCUUGUAAAUAACGCAGGUCAAGUUGGUCCUGCUUCACCUUUCCUUGGGAAUCCACAAGCACCAGAGAACAAGGACGCGGAGACUCUCGGGGCAGCUUUGUUCAACAACGAGAGCCUUGAAGGAUGGGCCGACCUCUACAAAAUCAAUUCGGCGUCAAUAUUCUUCGUAACGACUGCAUUCCUCGGACUGCUCGCGAAGGGAUCGCAGGACGUGCAGGAUUUCUGGUCAAGUGUGAUCAACAUCACUAGCAUCAGUGGUGUUAUCAGGGUUGCUCAGGACCAUUUCUGUUAUAACAGCGCCAAAGCAGCAGCCUCGCAUCUUACCAAGAUGUUCGCCACGGAGCUCGCAGUGAAGAGCAUUCCGGUGCGCGUGAAUGCGAUUGCACCAGGAGUAUACGCGUCAGAGAUGACUGUGCCGGAGGUAGCGCCAGAGCAGGUGGACGCGAUUGGAAAAGGCCUUCAACCUGUUCCGAUGAAGAGGGCAGGAACAGGCCAGGAAAUGGCUGGAACGGUCGUUUAUCUCGCCUCGCGGGCAGGCGGAUAUGUGAACGGCCAGGAGAUUGUGAUAGACGGUGGAUAUGUCGCCGUGAACCCGUCCACUGUUUGA